UAUAUAUUAACGUACAUUAUUUAUAUUUAAAUAGAAUUUAUGAAUUUUAAGUAAUAAAUAUAUAAUUAACGUAUAUUUAUUUUAUUUAAUUACGUUCUAAAUAUUUAACGAUUUGAGAACUUUAUUAUAUAUUUAAUGUAUAUUUAAUUUUAUUUAAAUAUAUCCUAAAUAUUUUAACGGUUUGCGCAAUCAAGAAUAAUUUUAGAAUUUUAUGUUGAAAAGAAUUUGAAUUACGAAAUACAUUGGAAUUUGGAAAAUAAUCAUAACCGGUUUUGGAAGUUUAAAUGCAAACUUAAAUCUAAUCCUAGCCCAAAUUGGCAAAGCCCAAUACAAUGAACCCAUAACCUUCCUAUACUCCUAUUCCACGUGAAAACAAAAGAAAAACAAACCCUUCCCUCUCAACCACCAUUCACGUAAAUUGCAAACCCUCCUCCUUUCUCACAUUGCUUCCCCUUACUGCUACAACUCACGCCGCCAGCUGCCGGCCACCUACAACCGCCGGACCACCGCCAGCUUCCUCUUCCGUUCGCAACCACCAGCCCAGCACCACCGCAGUCACCGUCGGCUCGUCGCUAACCUCUUUCCGCCACCCCUGCUCGCCGCCGCGCAACCCUAUCGCCGACCAGCACGUUCUCUCUCCACUCUGUUUCGUCACUACUCCACGCGGGCCAUCACCACCUUCGGCAACCAGCCCAACCGCAACCUCCACCGCGCCCAGCCGCGUCUCCUAGCUCGCCACCACUGCCGUGCCUGCACCACCGCCGGCCAGCACUCUCCUUCCUCUCCUUUUGGCGAAGAAUUCUCUUUAGGCGACUUUUGAAAGUGUUAAAGUGGUCUAUCAGUUUGUUUACACAAGGAAUAAAAUGUUUCUUUCCAAGUAUACUAACAUAGGAUCCUUCGAGAAACUUGAUAUAGAAACCCCUGAUAUUUACGUGAAGAAAAUUGUGUUUGGAUGUGAAUAUUAUGCUAAAGUUCAAGGGCAACCUAUCUUAAUGAGAAAGGAUAUCAUAGCAGCCACAAUCAUUAAUUGCUUACCUAACAAAUUUCCAUACCUAGAACUCAAGGAAAAGUUUAAAGACAUGCAUUCUGAUAAUGGGACUCCAAACUUGACUAAGUAUGGAACUUGGGAUGGUAGAUGGAAAUAUGAUUCAGAAAUUCUGACCACCAUUAUUGAAGCGGCAGAAAGUGGGUUUAGAGACGGUAAAAUCGUAGGGAGUCAUGUUGGGGAUUCAGUUACAGAAGAACCUAUGGGAAUUAGUGUAAAUAAUGACCUAGAGGAAAAUGAUGUAGCUGUGGAGAAUGAGAAUGUAGGUGUUGAGGCAGAGUAUCCUAACCCAGCGGCUCAUGAGCCAACCAUUGAGAUCUCUAGUGAUUUGGAUGCAGAGCUCGAAAGUGAACAGGAGAUGGCAAGUGAGCCUAAUCAAGAUGAAGACAUGGGUGAAGAUGCAAACCCUGAGGAAGACCCCGAUGAAGACCCUGAAGAAGAGUUCGAUAAUCUUGAGAUCUAAAUUUCACUUCGCAAGUUUCAGGAGCAAUGGAUAGGCAAGAGGCCACAAAUAUUUUGAAGUCAUAAAUAGUUAAUUUAACUCUUUUAUGUUUUAGAGAAUAAGUAGCGAAGCUACAAUAGUUUAAAGUUAAAGUUUAUUGAAGUUUGAAAUGUUCUUUAUUAUUUUGAAGGAUGUAAUAAAUAUUUAUGGAGUUAGCAAUAAAAGUUAAAGUUUUCAAGGAAUUGUUCUUUAUUCUAUUUUGAGGAUUCCAUAAUACCCCAACCUUUAGGUAACACGUCAUGGAUUAAUUUUCCAUUGGUUGCAUACUCAGUGUGAAUUGUGGAUCAAUUUAAUUGCCACAAUAAUAUUAAAUGAUUUGAGUACAUAAAGAAAGUGAGGGCCAAUCUAGACCCUCAUGACCAAUAUGAUUCAAAAGGUUAUGCCAUAUGUGCAGUGUGUGAAUGUCUUUCGUGAAUUAUCGAGGAUGAUUAUUUUUCAAUGAUUAUUGCAUCUUGUAGACGAUCGUUGCACCUUCAUAAACGAUUGUCGUGCCUUCAUAAAUGAUGUGUAUUAAUGUGAACAUUGUUGGUUGAGGCGAACUUUAUGGUCAAUUCAAGUAUUAAAUUGUAUGGGAUAACGUAUAGGUGAUGUUUCAAACCUAAAGUAGAGUAUACUAAUUGCAGGCCGCGUUCUAGAAUGGCCAACAAUAAUGACUUAGUUGUUGCUAUUCGCCUCUUGGCGGAAAAGAUGACCCCACCUUUUUAGAAAACCAGAUUGGAGAGUUUGAGAAAUUGUUUGGGGAUUUGAAUUGUCUUGAGAAUAUGAGAGUGGGUCAAGUUGUCAUGUAUUUGAAAGAUGAAGCCGAUUUACA